CCUCCAUGUCAAACAGAAGAACUCAAACUCAACUCAACUCGACUUAAAGGAAAACCCCAGACUUCAAAAUGAUGUCCCAGCAGAGCAUCCUGAGCAGCUUGUUUGAUGAUGACCCCUUCUUCAGCCCGGACAGACUGCUGUGGCCCCUGCGCACUGAGGCCCUCUCCUCCAUACAGCAGGACUUCUUCAACAGGAGGGCCAAACUAGCAGACAGCCUCUUCACGGAGCUCCACGAUGGGCCUCACAUGCCUCUGAUGUCCUCAGCUUUCCCAAGAGUGAGCAAUGGCGACCACCAUCAAGACAUGUCCUGCAUGGAUCCACACAAAGAGGUCCAGCCGGCCUCACAGAAGAACGGCGACCUCCUGGUGACCCUGGACGCUCGGGGAUACGCCCCCAGUGACAUCACAGUGAAGCUGGAGGGACGGAGCUUGGCGGUGGCGGCUCUGAAGCAGGCCGGUGCAGAGGAGGCCCAGUCCUGUUCAUCCUCGACAUCACAGGCUGCCUUCAAGUCCUCGGCCGCUGCCAGGAUGGGCUUCAUGCAGAGAAUCGAUCUGCCCCCUCACCUGGACCUGAGCGGGCUGUCCUGCUCCCUCAUGGACAAUGGGCAGCUGCGCAUCCAUGCCCCCGUCGCCAAACAGCCAAUCACAGACAACAAGGAGAAGGAAGAGGAGAAGGAGCAGGAAAAGGAGGAGGAGAAGAAAGAGGAAGAGGAGGAAGAGGUCCCAUUGCGGUUCAGAAGCUCACUAGAGUUCCCCAUCAGAAAAGACAAAACCGAGGACCAAACUAACUAAACUUCUGAUCUAAACUUAAGAUGCUUCCACAGACUGUCAGCAUUGCCAUGUUUACACGCACUCAGCUCUCUUAUUUAUUUUGUAUGUUUGUAAAUGUGUGAAAUAGUAUUGAUAAUAAAAUUUAAAAAAAUAA